UUGUGAAGGAAACAUCACUUUAUUCAAGCUCCCUUGUCUUUCGUUUUGUACCCAUAUUAAUGUCAGGAGCUUCGGCCAUGUUUGUCUCUGCCUGUUACGCUCUCUGCAUCUAUGGCCUUGUUAAUAUUGCUCAAGCCCAGAAUCAAACAAAAGCUGUAACCGAUCCGUAUGAAGUGAAAGUAUUAAACUCAAUAUUUAAACAAUGGAAGAUAUCAGCACCACAAGGUCAAUGGAAUAUAAGUGGGGAGCCAUGUAGUGGAGCUGCCACUGACAACACCAGCUUUAUUAACCCGGAUUACAACCCCUUUAUCAAAUGCAAAUGUUCAUACAACAAUGGCACCAUUUGCCAUAUCAAUGAGCUGAAGGUUUAUGAAUUGGACGUUGUUGGUGUACUACCAGAUGAGCUUUGGACUUUGGCUUACCUCACCAAUCUGGAUUUGCGCCAGAAUUACUUAACUGGUCCCAUCUCAGCAUCUAUUGGCAACCUAACUGGCUUGCUGUACCUGAGCUUUGGCAUUAAUGCAUUAUCUGGGAAGCUUCCGGUGGAACUUGGGAAGCUUACUGAAUUAAGAUCACUGGCUCUCGGGUUUAACAACUUCUCUGGUCCUCUGCCAUUUGAGCUCGGGAAUUUAACCAAAUUAGAACAAUUGUAUUUUGAUAGUUCUGGAGUUAGUGGUGAGAUUCCGCGUACAUUUGCUAAUCUACAGAAUCUGUUUAUAAUGCUGGGAUCAAACAAUGAACUCACUGGUCGGAUACCUAACUUCAUAGGGAAUUGGUCAGCACUUCAAACCUUGAGGCUUCAAGGAAACCUUUUUGAAGGUUCGAUACCACCUUCAUUUUCUAAUUUAACUUCUCUGACAGACUUGAGAAUAAGUGAUAUAUCUAAUGGCAGUUCUUCAUUAGCAUUCACUAGGGAGAUGAAGUCUCUGGCAAUCUUAAUUUUAAGGAAUAACAAUAUUUCUGAUUCAAUUCCAGCAAAUAUUGGAGAAUACCAAAGCUUAUGGCAGCUGGAUUUGAGCUUCAACAACAUAACUGGACAGGUUCCAGACUCACUUUUUAGGAUGAGUUCUCUGUCUCAUCUGUUUCUUGGAAACAAUAAAUUAAAUGGUACCCUUCCAACGUCAAAAAGUGGAACUCUUCUCAAUAUAGAUUUGUCAUACAAUAAUUUAGUUGGGAGCUUUCCUUCUUGGGCCAAUGAAGAAAAUUUACAACUUAACUUAGUUGCCAACAACUUCACAAUUAGAAGUUCAAACAACAGCAGUUUGCCUUCAGGUUUGAACUGUCUUCAGCGAAACUUCCCAUGCAAUCGAGGUCGUGGAGUCUAUUAUAAUUUUGCUAUCAAUUGUGGUGGUCCACAGAUCAGUUCUUCUGACAUUGCAUAUGAAUGGGAUAAUGAGACCCUUGGCCCUGCUACAUAUUAUGUUACUGAGAAUAUGAGGUGGGCAGUUAGCAAUGUUGGAUAUUUUGCUGAGAGCAACAAUCCUCAAUAUAAAAGUUCUACAUCUACUCAGAUUACAAAUACUUCAGACGUAAGGCUCUUCCAGACGGCACGAAUCUCUGCUUCUUCCUUGAGAUAUUAUGGGUUGGGGCUAGAGAAUGGCAAUUACACUGUGACCCUCCAGUUUGCAGAAACAGCUUUCCAAGGUUCUUUUAGGUGGAAUACUCUUGGGACACGCCUGUUUGAUAUUUAUAUCCAGGGGAAUCUUGUUUUGAAGGAUUUUAACAUACAAAGAGAGGCAAAUGGGGUCACAUUUCGAGCUGUCCAGAAGGGGUUUAAGGCUCAGGUAUCGGACAACCAUCUUGAAAUUCAUCUAUUUUGGACUGGGAAAGGGACUUGCUGCAUACCUAGCGUAGGUACUUAUGGGCCUUCUAUUUCUGCCAUCCGUGUUACCCCAGAUUUCCAACCUACUGUCAGUAACACACCUCCAACCAGGAAGAAGAAUAGGACCGGUCUCAUUGUGGGCAUCACUGUUGGUGGACUCAUAAGCUUUCUUGCAGUUUUUGCAGUUUUGUGCAUUCUUCAAAAAAGAAAAAGACGUCACGCCAACAAAAAUGAAGAGCUCCUAGGGAUAGAUGCCAGACUGUACACGUUCAGUUACAGUGAACUAAAGACUGCCACAGAGGACUUUAGUACUUCUAAUAAACUUGGAGAGGGAGGAUUUGGACCUGUUUACAAGGGGACACUUAAUGAUGGCAGAGUAGUCGCUGUGAAGCAACUUUCAUUAGCAUCUCACCAAGGAAAGAACCAAUUUGUAACCGAGAUUGCUACCAUAUCUGCAGUACAGCACCGUAAUCUUGUGAAAUUGCAUGGUUGCUGCAUUGAUGGAGAUAAAAGACUUCUUGUUUAUGAGUAUCUAGAGAACAGGAGUCUUGAUCAAGCAUUGUUUGGAAAAAGAAGUUUGAGUCUUGAUUGGCCAACGCGUUUCAAUAUAUGCAUGGGCAUAGCAAGGGGUCUAGCUUAUCUUCAUGAGGAGUCAAGGCUUCGAAUUGUACAUAGAGAUGUGAAGGCCAGUAAUAUUCUGCUCGAUUCUGACUUUAUUCCCAAAAUUUCAGAUUUUGGUUUAGCCAAACUUUAUGAUGAUAAAAAGAGCCACAUAAGCACACGCGUUGCAGGGACCAUUGGAUAUCUUGCACCGGAGUAUGCCAUGCGUGGACACCUUACAGAGAAGGUGGAUGUGUUUUCCUUUGGUGUUGUGGCUCUGGAGAUCAUUAGCGGCAGGCCUAACUCUGACAAAAGCUUAGACGAAGAGAGGUUCUAUCUACUUGAAUGGGCUUGGCAUCUACAUGAAAACAAAAGUGAUAUUGAGCUGGUGGACUCUAAAUUAGCAACUUAUGGUGAGGAAGAAGUAAAACGAGUGAUUGGAGUGGCUCUAUUGUGCAGUCAAGCAUCACCAAUGCUACGGCCAUCAAUGUCGCGUGUAGUGGCGAUGCUUUCAGGAGAUGCUGAAGUGAGCACUGUAACUUCAAGACCCGGAUACUUGACUGAUUGGGGCUUUGACGAUGUAAACAGCUUUAAGGGUGUUUUUGAAACGGAAGGAACUGAAACCAACCAAUACAACUCUAUAGCUAGCACAAGCAUGGUUGAUAACUUGGAGCAUUCACCGGUGCGUGCAACUAUUCCUAUGCUUCAUGAUACUGAAGGAGGAUAGAUGAGAUUUGGUCUUUCCUUUAUUUAUCUUAUUCUUCUCUGUUCCCUUUGUUUGUAUUGACAAAUAUAAAAACAAUUUGCAUGUGUUCUACGUUUUCAGAUCUUGUAUGUCAUUACGUCUCGAGAUCUAAUCGCUUGUAAAAUGACUUCUAUAUUUAGUUGGAUUUUAAAACUUCCUCUCA